CGCCAGCAUUACGCGUUUCGGUCUCCUUGGCAGCCGAGUAGGCGACAGGCUGUUGUGGACAUGAAGAAAGUUUGUUUUCUGGCACAAAGUUACAGUUAGCAAACAGCCAUGUCCAGCAGCUAUGAGGCAAGGCCUAGGUGCUUUGGGAGCGACAUCCACAGACUGCUGCUGGCUGCUGAAGCUGGUCAGAAGGCUGAUAUCCUGACCUACUCCUCAGGUCAUCUGGGGCCCUGCAGUCUGAACCGGAGUCAGCCUCAUGCACAGACAAAGCAGUCUUUCUGGAAGAUGUCUCAGGGCCAAGAAGAAACCCCAAACCCUCUGACACUCCAGCAGAGACGAACAAAGGCACUGACCUAUGUAAAGAAGAAAGAAAUGAAAGAGUCUCCCUCUGAGCUCACCUCCAGCGCUGCUUUAGUAGAGUCUGAAGUCUCUGAGUCAAGACAAGACCAGGCUACUGAUCACUCAUCACAUGCACACAGAAGAGAAGAUAUAAGUCUACCUAAGAUAGUUCAUUGUUCCUCAGACUCUCUGCUGUUGUGGCCGAGAGCCUUUUCCCAGAAAAAGCCCUCCCCUUCAUCUGAUCCAGAGGGGAAACAGCAAUUUUGCUCAAGCCAUCCUGACCAGGAAGGACUGAAUAAUGAAGACCAGCUAAAGACAAAGCUACUAUUUGGCAGGCAAUCCACAGCCAAGCGGGACCUCUGGGCCAGAAUAAAUGUUGCCGAAAUGCACGAGAGGAAACUACAAAAGGAGCUGAAGAAGCUGUCAGCGCAGAGCUGGCCCAGCAGAGACCGCCUUGCGGUGUUCAGUGACGUCUUUGAUGAUGUAUGUGAAAGCUCGCCAGUAUUUGGACGCAUCCUGAGGGAAAUUAAGACAGAUUAUGAUUUGUAUAUCAACCACAUGAUGGCUUCCCAGUCAACACCACAAGACACGUCACUGAACACUUCACUUGAAGAUCUUGGCAGUGGCAAAUUAAGGGAAAUGGAACUGGAAGAUGCUGAAAAAGAGGUGUGCAGGUUGGAGCAGGAGGCCAGAAGAGCUUUAAAGGAGAAUGAACGAGUCCGGCAUGAAUUACAGAAUGUUCCAGCUAUCACAGGCCCAGAGGACAGUGACAUGAAGAAUGUAUCUCUGUCAGGGCUGCAGGACAGCGGGACUGCCGUCAGCCACACCAACAGUGUCCAAUUCAAGAGGCUUCAGGUGUUGAACAUGUGGAGGGAGAUCCGACAGCUGGAGGAGGAGAUUAAGGAGAAGCUGGUUUCCACUGUUACAACCACAGCCACUGAAAGAUGCAUCACAGAUGUAAAGAAAGAGACAGUGAGACUGAUAACCUCAAAUGACCGCCUGAGGACCACCAACAAGAUUCUGGAAAACAAAAUCAACAUGGUGCUGAACAGAGAAAAAUCAAGCAAAAGCAUAAGACGGACAUUGUGGGAUGAAAUACAGAGCGAUCUACAGACAGAGAGUGAAUAGCUUCUUCAACAAGAAAACCAGAGGAUCAUUUCUUGAGAUGGCUGUUUGAAAGUCAGACAGUAUGCACUAGAUGAAGUGCAAUGAGGAAUAAACUGAAGGAGCAUGUUCUAGUCAUAGCCCUUCAGUUUAGUACAUAUACUGUUGAAAAUCUCUUUUCCAGAAAUAACAGGGUAGGUCAUAGCUUAAAAAUGCCAGGUAAGCAAUUAUACAACAUAAAAAUUCUCCAUUACAAGUCUUUUAAACAAUUGUUGAUGUAACAUUUUAGCAGUAUUUUGAUGUUGUAGUUUGUUGAUGUGAAGCUAAUAUUAUCUACUUUAUAUGCUGUUUAAUCUAUAAUAAUGCAUUAUAUUUUAAAACAUGAUCAUAUGUUUCAUAUAAAAUCUUCAUUUAAAUAUUAUUUAGUAUUACAAUAUUGAACUACUGGUACCAUAGCUGUUAAAUGAAAGUGCAGCUAAAAUUUGCCUCUGAAAUGUGAUAAAGUUGAAACAUAUAGUAUCAGAAAAUGGAAAUAUUCAAUUACAACUAGAAUAUAUGCUUCAAAAUUGAACUUAUACAGCUAUCAGUAAUUGCAUUUAGUUAGCUUGUUCUGCUGUUAGCUAUGAACAUUUACUUUUGUCGUAUAACCAUCAACAUUCUCAAGCCUUAAAUUAUGAAAGUUCUUACGGCACUUACGUGAUCACAUGUGCAUGUGGUGUUAGAUAUUUCAGGAUGUCAGGUUUCACAGUUUCCAGUCACCCUCCAGCUAAAGAACAGUAGAGAAUUUGACACUUCACAUGUUAUUUUAGCAGCCCAGGGCCAUCCAGUUAGUAUUUGUUAAUAUGAGCAACUUCCACCUGUUAUUGUUAUAGUUUCAAAGCUGAACAAAAGGCCUGCAUAUCGUCACAGCAAUUUUUUCUGGUUUAUCCUCUAUGUAGCCAUGUAUGAACAUGAUACCACAGAAGAUUAAGAGGAUAAUAGGCCUCUCUGAUUUCUAGCUACACAGGCAACAGUAAAUUCAGUUCAUUUGUACAGACUGAAUGAGGCAUAAGAAGAAGAAAACUUGAAAUCCUAUUAGAUAGCAUAACAUCCCAUAAAUUCUCAACUCAUAUCAGUAAAACAAACUUGCUGUUGCUGGACAGAAACACUAGAAAAUCAAUUUCCACAGCACUGGGACCAUAUUGCUCUUCAAACACAAGAGGGCAGCAGAUACAUAUGAAAAAAGUGUUGCAUGUAUCACACACACUGACGCCAGCACUAGAACAAGUUACUUUGAAAAUCCAACCCACAGCCUCAUUCCAAAUGAACAAGAUAAUGCUCCAUUUGUCUUUGUACGCAUUGAGUGCUGAAGUGCUAGUGUGUGUGUGACCUUUAUCAAAACACAGUGAAGAUCGUUUGAAGUUUGUGAUGUCUUGAUAAAGGUCACAGGCUGAAAUGCCAGCAUUCGAUGUGCCGGGUGUUAAAGUGAAUACGAGGAGGGUUUUCCUCUAGGCUCAAGUUCCAUGUGACUUUUGAGUCAUAAAAAUCCAAUUAAA